GGGGGGCAUCAGACCGGGUGGUGACGCGAGUCCAGGCGGCGGCGGCGGCGGCGGCAAUGAGCGAUAUAGUGGAGAAGACGCUGACGGCGCUGCCGGGACUUUUCCUGCAGAACCAGCCGGGUGGUGGGGCUGCGGCCGCCAAGGCGUCCUUCUCUUCGCGGCUGGGCAGCCUCGUCCGCGGCAUCACAGCGCUCACCUCCAAGCACGAGGAAGAGAAAUUAAUCCAGCAGGAACUGAGUAGUCUGAAAAUAACUGUUUCUGCUCCUACUACGACACUGAAAAUGAUGAAGGAAUGCAUGGUGAGACUUAUAUAUUGUGAAAUGCUUGGAUAUGAUGCUUCCUUUGGCUAUAUACAUGCAAUUAAGUUGGCACAACAAGGAAACCUCUUAGAAAAGAGAGUAGGUUAUUUGGCUGUUUCUUUGUUUCUACAUGAAAAUCAUGAGCUGUUGCUUCUCCUUGUGAAUACAGUUGUAAAGGACUUGCAGAGUACUAACUUGGUUGAAGUAAGUAUGGCACUUACUGUCGUCAGCCAGAUCUUUCCUCGAGAAAUGAUUCCAGCUGUUCUUCCAUUAAUAGAAGAUAAACUGCAACAUUCUAAGGAGAUCAUACGAAGAAAAGCUGUUCUGGCAUUGUAUAAAUUUCAUCUCAUUGCUCCCAAUCAAGUACAGCAUAUUCAUGUUAAAUUUCGGAAAGCACUUUGUGACAGAGAUGUUGGGGUCAUGGCUGCCUCCUUGCACAUAUACCUUAGGAUGAUUAAGGAGAGUUCAUCUGGAUAUAAAGACUUGACUGGGAGUUUUGUAACAAUUUUGAAGCAAGUAGUUGGAGGAAAGCUCCCAGUAGAUUUCAACUACCACAGUGUGCCGGCACCAUGGUUACAAAUUCAACUCUUGAGAAUACUAAGACUUCUAGGAAAAGAUGAUCGAAGGACAAGUGAAUUAAUGUAUGAUGUUCUUGAUGAAUCCUUACGAAGAGCCGAGUUAAAUCACAAUGUCACAUAUGCUAUUUUGUUUGAAUGUGUGCAUACAAUCUAUUCUAUUUAUCCUAAAUCAGAAUUACUUGAGAAGGCUGCCAAGUGCAUUGGAAAAUUUGUUCUGUCACCUAAAAUAAAUCUCAAGUAUUUAGGACUGAAAGCUCUUACCUAUGUUAUCCAGCAGGAUCCCAGUCUGGCUCUUCAACACCAGAUGACAAUAAUUGAAUGCUUAGACCAUCCUGACCCGAUUAUUAAAAGAGAGACUCUGGAACUUCUCUACAGAAUUACUAAUGCACAGAAUAUAACAGUUAUUGUCCAGAAAAUGCUUGAAUAUUUACAUCAGAGCAAAGAAGAGUAUAUCAUCGUCAACUUAGUUGGCAAAAUUGCUGAGCUAGCUGAGAAAUUUGCUCCUGAUAAUGCGUGGUUUAUUCAGACAAUGAAUGCUGUGUUUUCAGUGGGAGGAGAUGUAAUACAUCCUGAUAUUCCCAAUAACUAUCUGAGACUGCUAGCAGAAGGUUUUGAUGAUGAAGCAGAAGAUCGGUCAUUAAGACUAUAUGCAAUUCAGUCUUAUCUCACUUUACUAGAUGUGGAAAAUGUGUUCUACCCACAGAGAUUUCUUCAAGUUAUGAGUUGGGUGUUAGGGGAGUAUUCCUACCUUUUGGAUAAGGAAACACCUGAGGCGGUUAUAACCAAGCUUUACAAGUUACUUAUGCAUAGCUCCAUUUCUUCAGAAACAAAAGCCUGGUUAAUUGCUGCUGUGACCAAGUUGACACCUCAAGCACAUUCAUCUAACGUAGUUAAGAGAUUAAUCCAGGAAUUUAUCAUAUCUUUGGAUACAUGUAUGAGACAGCAUGCAUUUGAAUUAAAACAUUUGCAUGAGAAUGUGGAACUCAUGAAGAGCGUACUUCCAGUUAAUAAGAGUUGUGAAGACAUGGUGGUAGAUGCUUCCUUAUCUUUUCUGGAUGGUUUUGUGGCUGAAGGACUCAAUCAGGGUGUGGCACCUUACAAACCUCACCACCAGCGCCAGGAGGAAAAGCUUUCUCAGGAAAAGGUCCUUAAUUUUGAACCAUAUGGACUCUCCUUUUCUGCAUCUGGUUUCACUGGACGACAGUCUCCUGCUGGCAUUUCUGUUGGUUCAGAUGUAUCUGGGAAUAGUGCUGAGACAGGGCUGAAAGAGAAGAAUAUCAGAACUUAUACACCCAAGACAAAUAGCUUGAAGCUGGAAGGUAUAAAGAAAUUGUGGGGAAAAGAGGGCUAUCUUCCCAAGAAGGAAAGUGCAACAGGUGAUGAAGCUCAGCCUAUUCCUCAAAAGAGUGUAAUAAUGGAGAAUGUAAAUCAAACUGUAACAAAAAAGGAUCAACCUCAAGCCCAUACGCAAUCCAGAGAGGAGAAAGAAAAGCACCUGCUGGCGUCAUCAUUAUUUGUUGGGCUAGGAUCAGAAAGUACAAUCAAUUUGCUGGGAAAAGCAGAUACUGUCUCUCACAAGUUCAGAAGGAAAUCAAAAACCAAGGAAAUAAACAGCGGAGAAACAACCAGUACUCAUAAUAUGACCUGCUCUUCCUUUAGUUCUUUGUCAAAUGCAGCAUAUGAAGAAGAUUAUUAUUUGGAUACUUUACAAGAUAGAAGAGACAAAAAAUUAAAGCAAUUUUCCCUCAAUUCAGAACUUUUGGAUUCUGAAUCAUUCACAGAACUGCCCGUGGUUGAGAAACUCUCAAAUUGCAGCAUGUCUGCACCUUCUUUGUUUGCUGAUAACAACUUGGAAAUUUUUCACCCUUCUCCAUCUACUGCAGCCUCAGCUGCCAAUGAAAUUUCUGUAGCUUCUUUGUUGGAAGAGCCUACUGAACACAUGCAUUCAGAUCUCAUGGAGGUCUGUAAUAAUGAAACCAUAUCAGUAUCUUCGUACAAAAUUUGGAAAGAUGAUUGUUUAUUGCUGGUCUGGUCAGUUGCUAAUAAGAGUUGUUCAGAAUUGAAAAGUGCUAACUUAGAAAUUGCUCCUGCAGAGAAUUUCAAGAUCACUGAACAACCUGAAUGCUGUUUGCCAAUAAUAGAAGCAGAAAGCACGAAAAGUUUUCAACAUAGUGUGCAGAUGGAAAAACCUUUUACAGAAGGGACUCUUUCUGGUUUUAUAAAUUAUCAAAUGAUAGAUAGUCGUUCUGCUCAGCUGGAAUUUUCAGUAACCUUAUCACUACUAGAUUUUAUUAGACCAUUAAAAAUCUCUACUGAAGACUUUGGCAGACUUUGGUUAUCCUUUGCAAAUGAUGUGAAGCAAAAUGUAAAAAUGUCAGAAUCUCAAGCUGCUCUGCCUUCUGCCCUAAAGACCCUGCAACAGAAGCUGAGACUUCAUAUUGUUGACGUUAUAGACAAUGAAGGGCUGUUGGCCUGUCAGCUGCUCCCAUCCAUGCCCUGCCUGCUGCAUUUCCGAGUUCAUGCUGAUGUACUAGCCCUGUGGUUCAGAUCCUCCUGCUCUGCUCUUCCCGACUAUGUACUGUAUCAGUGUCAAAAAGUGAUGGAGGGGUCCUAGCAGAAGCUCUGCUCAUGUUUUCUCCAUCACAAUAAAAGGUUUACACAGAUAAAGUUAUUUACCAAAGUAAAAAGAACUCAUGGUACUUCUAAUGAAAAUGGGGAUUAUUAUGAGUUGUGGUUUUAUGUGUCUUACGAUUCCUGGUCAAGAAGGAUCCCCAAGAAGCUGUAUCCUUAACCUUUUACUCAGGACUGUACAGUAUGUUUGGGUCCAAAAAAAGUGACCUAAGCUAAUGUUAUAAACUGCUAAUGAUUUAUAUAUCACUUAGUGUAGAGGGAUUGAAAAUAUUUAUUUUAUUAUAAAUAAUUUUAUAGCAGAUUUCCUCUAGUGCUAGCUGAUUUGUAGUACAGCCAAGUCUUAGUUGUCUGCGAUAAGGGAGAGGAGACAAAAUUGCUAUACCAAACCUAAUUCAUGUUUGGCUUUGGAAUGCAGUGUAUCCUUUUUGGUGGGCAAAUCAGUACUUUCAGUUAUGUUUUGCUUAGAUCCGUGCUGAACUAAGUUGGUAUAGCCCACACUGGCAUUUGUAGGGAAUCCAUGAGCAUGCUGGAAAUAGGGGGGAACCAAUCUGUGAUAAAAUGUUUUUAUUAUAUAGAAUUUGUUACACAUAAUUCUAUAUAAUUUGACUGUAAAAUUUGUUUUCCAACUGCAUUUAUUUUUAAAAUUCAAGGUGAAUCACUGUAUUCUUAUUUUAAAAACUCAGAGCCAUUUAUUAAAUAUUACAGAAACAAAACCCGUAAGAGCACACAGUACCAAAGCAGGCAGAUAUAAAAGGACUUUUGAGUUAUGGCGAAUAUCUUAGUUACCACUUAAGUUCUUUUGGCCAGUUUAAAUUUGGGGCUUAGAUAAAUGGCAGAGCCGUCCUUCCUGGCCUUUGAAGCCACUGGUACUCAAUGGAUAUAGCCGAAGCAGUGACUGUCUUGAAGUAUACCAUACAGGUUCCUCAGUAAAAUAUGUCCUUUUCAUCUUAUAGUUGUGCCUAUUUGGCCUCUGUCAGAACUGUUAACCAGUAAAAGAAGAUAUUAAGCUUAGUGAAUGAUGGACCAAAAUAUUGAGAUUUUACAUUAAUAUUAAAAACUGAAAUAGUAUUUUACAAAACCUUAUGGUGCUGUGGGAAAUAUUUAUUAUUUCACUUUUUCUGAAACUUCACCAUGGAGACUAUUCAGUAAUGUAGUUUUAAGUCAUUGCAGUUAAUACUCUGGUUAAUUGGUACUGUUUAUCACCAUGGUCAGGAAUUCUGGUUUUAGGUUAUGUCAUUAAUCAUAGCUGAUAAAGAUACUAAGGGGCUUCCCCAUAGCUGAUAGAUUUCAUUAGUCAUUUGUGUCUUAGAGUAUUCCCCUCAAAAAACAAAGACAGUGUUUUUUUUUCAUGAUUAACUUUAAAUUACUCAUUUUAAAUUGUAACAUCUUGUUAAUUUCAUUCUUUUAAAAACAUAUGGUAAAACCUUGCUACAAGAAUAAUGAUAAGUGACUGGAAUUUCCUGCAGUGAUUCCUCCUUUCGAGUAGAAAAUCGGACGACUCCUCAAGCUCCCAACAGUGUUGUGGUGAAGGGAAUGUGCUGACUCCGGGGGGUGUGGUGGACACUGGUGGGGUGGGCUCAUUAGCUUUCCUUUUAUUCCUACCUCUGUCAGCAGCAUCCCUCCCCUCAGCUCCUUAGCUGAUUCUGCUGUUACUCAGACAAAGAGAGGAAGUCCCUUCUCACUUUGCAAAAAAGAAUGCAGUGUUGUGGCAGAGGAGGUGCUCCAGUUUUUGUGUGUCCUUCCUUCCAUGUGUUGGCACGGCCACUGAGCCUGAAUCAGGUGUGGAGCAGUGGGUGUAAGACGCCUAGCAAGCAGAUGGACAGCUGUCUGGGAGAGAUUCCAGUGAGCUUGUCUGCUGCUUUGUUACAGAGUGUGUUCAUGAGUGGCGUCAGCAGUUGUCGCGAUAGAUGUGCUUGGUGUACAGAGCCUUCCAUGGUGGAAGAUGUGUAAUGGGAGGUUUAGGGCUGGGAACGUGAUUUUGGGGUCAGCCAAAGGGAAUAUGGUGUCACUUGUGUUCUUUCUGAACCUUCUAAAUAAAAAGCAACGUGACAGGGUUUCUAACUGAAAUGUUUAGCAGAAUGUUUACAAUUUUUAUAUUUUUAUAAUUUCAAAAACAAGCAACUAAUAGAAAAAAGUAGAUUUUAAAGAACUUCAGUUUAUAUUCUGCCUAAACUCAAUGUUUUGAAUUCUAAAUCAGGUAUCACCAAGUUUUUUUGAAUUGUAGGAUAUGUAACUAAAAAAUAGGGAGAAUGAUUUUUGUGAGUGGACUCAUUCUCUUUGCGUUAUAGUUGCAAUUUAGUUGAGUGAAUGGAGCAACAUCUAGGGCAGGAGCUGUGGUGGGGAUGCUCCGUGGUGAGUUCUGGGCUAGGCAUCUUUGCUGAGAAUGGAGAUGGCAGCAAGUGUGAAUCUGGGGGAGAAUCAAGGGUAGCCUUAUGAGCAGGUGGAGCAGAAAGGGUCGAGCUCCUGGCCAAAUGGUCCCUGUGGAGGCAGGCAGAUCAGAGACUCCGAGCAGGAUAGGAUCCUUCUAGAGAAACUGCCUGUGGGAGUUAAGCGGCGAUUAGAGCAUUGAUGUGCUCAGCUUGCCAAGCACAUUGUAUGCUCUGCAGAGAAGCCUUAUUUUAAACAAUAUUCUGCCACUUAACCAAAACAGUUAUGGUCAAAGUGCAGUAUUUUGUUUUUUCGUUUUAUUUUAUGUCGUUAACAUUUUAAAAUAUUAAGCUAUUGGCCUUAUAUUAUUAUGGAUAGAUGUGGUCGUUGUGUCAUGAUUGUGAGCCACUGAAGGUGUACUGAAUCUAUUCACGUGUCUUUAAGGUGUUUUGCUGUGUUAAGAUUUUAACAUGGGAAAAAUGCAAGUGAAUAACAACAGGCAUUGAUUACCUUACUUUGGAGUUGAAUUCUGUAAUUUGAAAAGUUCAGUUAAACAUGUAAUAAAUACAAAGAAAUCUAUACUUUUUUUUGGUCUAUGUAUUCUUUAUUAUCUAAAUAGCUGAAUAAUAAGUAAUACUAUUUAAGCAGUAAUUUGAUAGGCAUUACCAAAAAAAGAGCAGAAGUAAUUGGUGUGGGGUGGAAAGAAUAAUUUACUCAUUACAACCCCAAAGAAUCUGGUCUAAUUGGUUAAAAGUAAAGAUCCUGAUAUUCCUGUAUCAUGUUCACAGAGAGAACUUUGUGGGCCUUCAGCAGGUUAGAGUGUGGACUAAUCCUCAGAUGCCUGCCCAUGUCCCCAGCUUGCAUCCAAGCUGACCAGAGCAUUCAAAGCAGUGUGUUCUCCUUCUCUAAUGCCUCAAGAUGCAGGAAACACAGUAAACCUGUCGGAAACUCAGUGACCAGAGAGGGAGUCUCCUGGCCGUCUCUGCACUAUGUAUCCUAAUACAC